GGGGCUCUCGUUGUCGACUUCCUGUCCGGCCUGGUGCACUGGGGUGCUGACACGUGGGGCUCUGUGGAGCUGCCCAUCGUAGGGAAGGCUUUCAUUCGACCGUUCCGGGAGCACCACAUCGACCCGACGGCUAUCACGCGGCACGACUUCAUUGAGACCAACGGGGACAACUGCCUGGUGACGCUGCUGCCGCUACUAAACAUGGCCUACAAGUUCUGCACUCAGAGCCCCGAGGCCCUGGCGCGGCAGUGCCCCUGGGAGUGCUUCGUCUUCUGCCUGAUCAUCUUCAGCGCCUUCACCAACCAGAUCCACAAGUGGUCGCACACGUACUUCGGGCUGCCGCGCUGGGUCGCCUUCCUGCAGGACUGGCAUGUCAUCCUGCCACGCAAGCACCACCGCAUCCACCACGUCUCGCCCCACGAGACCUACUUCUGCAUCACCACAGGAGUAAAAGUCCCUCGCAAUUUCCGACUGUUGGAAGAACUCGAAGAAGGCCAGAAAGGAGUAGGAGAUGGCACAGUUAGCUGGGGUCUAGAAGAUGACGAAGACAUGACACUUACAAGAUGGACAGGGAUGAUAAUUGGGCCUCCAAGAGUGGACCCCAGAGCCAUAUCAGUGCUAGCAAAGUGGCAGAACUCGUACAGCAUCAAGGUUGUCCUGCAGGAGCUGCGGCGCCUCAUGCUGUCCAAGGAGAACGUGAAGCUCCCCCAGCCGCCCGAGGGACAGUGUUACAGCAACUAGGCCCGCCAGCCGCGGCGCCCUCCCCACGCCACUGACGCAGUCUUCAUUUUCCACAGUAGUAAAUUUCUAGAUACGUCUUGUAGACCUCAAAGUACUGGAAAGGAAGCUCCCAUUCAAAGGCAAUUUAUCUUAAGAUACUGUAAAUGAUACUAAUUUUUUGUCCAUUUGAAAUAUAUAAGUUGUGCUAUAACAAAUCACCCUGUCCAGUGUAACCACUGUCCACGUAGUUGAACUUCUGGGAUCAAGAAAGUCUAUUUAAAUUGAUUCCCAUCGCCACUGGUGGGGCACAUCUAACUCAACUGUGAAACGACACAUCACACAAUCACCUUGCUGCUGAGAUUACACGGCCUGGGGUCUCUGCCUCCCCCCACCUCCGCCCUCCCCACAACAGCCCGAGCUCAGGGGCCUGUUAGAGCAGAUGUGAAGGUUUCCGGUCAUAGCCUGUGGGACUACUGCUGGGUGUGGGGUGUUUUGCCUGCGCCCUUGGUUUCCUUCUUCAAGUCUUAAAUGACGCCCCUGCCAAGCCAUCAUCCUGUCCCCACGCCCCCCCCCCGCCCUUGGCCGAAGCAUAGAUUGUAACCCCGCUGCUCCCCUGAGACUGGCCUUCAGUGAGGAAUUCAGGGCUUCCCGCCUCUCUCCCCCACCUUUCGAGGGGUGCUGCUUUCCCGCCUCCUCUGCAAGUCCCUUUCUGCACCGUCACCACCCGACACUUGCCAUGACACUUCCUGGCUGUGGCCAGAAGCUAUCAGGUAAGGUUGGAACGUCUGACCUCCCUCGUGUAGUCCUGGAACCGCAUCUGUUCAUGCUCUACCAGCCUGGGAAAUGAAUUUGGGGCCCUUAGCCCUGCCACCAUCCUCCGCUGUCAUCAUCAGCUGAUGCGUUUUUUAGCUCAGGUUUUGACAGGUGAAAAGAACAGUCACCAGGGUUCCUCAGACCCACCCGCUCCUAGAGUCCUUGGUGGUUAGACUCGGAGAAAGGCCGCAUGAAGAAGACACUUGUAAGCACAUACGACCCUUCUGAAUUGUUUUCUUUUCCUGUUACUGCUUUUGCUUUUUAAAAUGGCAGAAGUUUUCAACAGGGCUCCCACUCGGUCAGCCUUGCCGCCCGCCAUGGUCUAGCUUGGAAUCUGACAACUGGAACAGGAGAAGCUUGACUGCGGGGCACGCCCGGGUUUUGGUCUGCUGCUUCUCGCAAGCCUCAGCAGGGAGAAGACGGACGCGUGUGCACAGCGGCCGAGGCUGGGGGCCGACUCUGCACAGCCGUGCUCCCACUUUCUGUUCAGGACCACUCAGUGCUGACGUGUGGAUGCAUACCGAAAUAAAGCAAUCCAUUGUGUACUCGAGGUUUCUCACGUUAGUAUUUGUGUAAAGCCACCUUUCGAAGCAGCAACCAUCAAGUCUGAAAGCUGUCGAUGUUUCCAUUAAUCUUUUUCUGGCGGAAACGUUAGUUCUAAGGAUUUAACAUCCUAUAAGUCAAGUUGAGCAUAACAGUAUUCCAUGGGCAGCCUUUUUAUUGUCAGACCAUUGCCUGAUUUUAAUAUAAUAAAAAAGUGUGCAUUAAUA